AUGAAGGAAUUCAACAAGUACAGGAACUACCUGGCUGAGGUCCAGCUGGAUUGGGACCACAGGUUUAGAGCUGAGCAGAAGGAGCUGGUCAGGAUGCUUCUGUUCAUGCAGAAAGACGGGAAGCUGUCCUCGGACGUUCCCAUAACAGAUGUGAUGGAGUGGAUUCUGUUUGAGGGCAGAGGCGUGUUUACACUGAAGUUCCGUAAAGCCGACAACAAGCCAGAGAGACUAAUAGGGACAGGAGACUGUUCUCGUAUACAGCUGCCAAAGAUCCACACCCAAAGUGCCUUCUACAGCAGUGAAUGUAAGCACUUUCUAAGCAGAUCUGAGAAGGUUUCCGCUGAUUGCUUCUACUCCAUUGUCGGGAACAUUGUGACAGUAGUCGUGAAGGAAGUGAAUGGAAUUCUAAUCCCGGCCCUGCAGAGUUUUGAGUCCAGACCUCCUGCCAUGAAGAAGAACGACACUGCCUCUGAGGAAUCCCCACUGGACGUCCUUGACCGUCAGCACCCGGUGUCUCUCUCUGUGGACCGCGAGGUAGCAUCCAGUCUGUGUGUGGAGCGCUUCUCUGGAGAGCAGGAGGACAGAAGGAGGUCAACAUCUCCCAGCAGCCCCACCUCUGAGUUACUGAAUCCCGGCCUCAUAAAAGAGGCUGAGAGGAUCAUAUGGGAGGUCAUUUGGAAGUCAGUGAAUGCUGUCAUUGCAAAGAGGAACUGUACUGAAAUGACACACACUGAAACUGAAGAGGCUCUAUACAGAAAUGUCGGAGAGGAUAACUUUGACAACGCAUGCACCCUGACCAAGAGUGCGAGGGCCGCAUUGACAGCAGAGGGCAGUAUUGUACAGUUCGGUUCACAGGCACAUAUAACCAGCCAGGUACAAGCGAUGACUGAAAGUUCCAGUGAUUCAAACAGUCUGGCUAGAGAGACAUGCCCCAGCCAAAACAAAUACCUCCCAAGUUUUUCCAGAAUUGACUUAUUGUCCAAAGAACUGGUUGAUGACAUGCUGGAAAGGGUGUGCUCUAUAAUUGCCAAGGACAAAGUGAAAGUCGUCUCAGCAGUUGAGGAUUCCAAGGCUAGCGUUCAAUCGUCCAGCCGGUCGUCAACUUCCUGUUCCUGUGACCCCAGGACCAGCAGUGAAGCUCUGUGUUGUGUCUCCUGUGGAUUGAGACUAGAAAUCCAGCGGGCAGAUGAAGACGUCAGCUCGGGCGGCAAACUGCUGGGUGGACAGUUCUCCUCAAGGUAUGCCCGCUCAUGCCAUCCGUCAAGGGAAACCUCAGCGACUGGGUCUUACGCUGACAACAUGGUCGGCGGUAUCUUGCGUCACAUCGAGGAGGACACAGCCGAAUGCACAAACGAUCCCGCCAAAAACGAACACAAAAUGACGCCAAUCCCUCGAGGCACCCAAUCAGAGAAAUGUGGAAGUCAGAUGAGCGAUACAGCCUCACAGAGUCCAGGAGACUGUCCACAGCUUCCUUUGGAGUCAGAUCCAAGGCGAGAGGCAGCCAGGGUUUCUUACAGAGUGUUUGAGAAGAUCAAAGAGAAUAUUUUAACAAUCGGACAGGGCCUCGUCCAGCCAGGGAAGAUCAACAAAGAGGUGGAGGAUGUCCUCAUCCUUGGCAUUGUUGAAACUGCUUUAGAGAAGCUAGAAGACAUUACCAAACAGGAAAAACGGAUCAACUUGAACUCAGAGAAAAAUACAGUUGAAACUGUCCCAGUAUCUGUCCUCAACUCUGCCUGCAAAACAGCUUUAUACUCAGGUCAGAGUGAGGUGUGCAUCGCGAUCCCUCCCCAGCCAUUGUCAUCAAAGUCCCUUCUUACAGACUCAUGUGGGUCACAGGCCGACAUCGUUUCAGACAAAGUAGUCGGAAAUUACGUUUACGAGGUUCAACGGUUGUCAAGUCAGGAGCGUUUGUAUAACUCAACAGAACAAGCAGAGGCUGUGUGUGACACUCAUCACAUGGUUGAAGAUAUCCUCCGAGUGCUCAAAGCCCAAGGAACUCCCAUCGUUCAGUAUGAACCCAGGACCUUCGACCGUGUGUCCUCUUCCCUUUCUCAGGCCAUGUUCAAGCACACGAGUACGACCGCCCUCGAUACCGAAUCAAACGCACCCCCUGGAUGGCUCACCCCGGACGCCUCUCCCGUCCCGCGUGCUUCCACGGCCGAUUGGGGCAAGUCCAGAGGCACGCUCCCGAAGCUGGCCACGUUCAAGGCACAGGGCCCGCGGGGGGCACCGCUGAACAUGAAAAAGGAAUGCAGGUCACACUCCACAACUCUAACCUCUGAUGUCUUGGCGACUCCGUCCCCCCAUAUUCCCGAGGACGUGAUGGUUGGACAGAGAGUCGACGCGGAGGUGUCAUCCCCUGCGAUGGGCGAUAGGAAGGAUUGGGAUAAGAGAGUUUUGGGGGGGGAUGUGAUCGAGCCGCCACAGACUCGAGAUCAUUUCUCCAGCCGUGCUCAGGCUUUAGAGAAGGUGACACGCGAUGGAAGUAUCUGUGAAGGAGACUUGGAGCAAAAGCUGUCAGCACCUUCCGUGCUCCUACUGCGAUCCACUGUAGAGAAAUUAGUGAACAAGUGGAUGGAUCAUUUCAGUGUGGCAGACCUCUUCCUGUCUGCGUCAGAGGAGAUGGAGCGUCAGGGUUCUAGACUGUGUGACCUGCUUCAGACAUCAGGUGGGCAGACUGAGAAGGUCACAGGGAGCAGGGAGGCUGCCUCUCCCCACCUCUGUAACCUCGUGACUCAGUCUGUGAUGGGCUCUUUGCAACUGGAUCACUCGCCCCACACUUCAACACAAAAAACAGUAGAUGUGGGGCCCGUUAUGUGGCCUGCAUUUUCCAUGAAGCCAGAUCCUCCUUGGUCUGGAAGUGCACUAGGGAACCCCUCAGGGGAGCCUGCAUCACUAGUCAAGGCACCUGUGCAGACUGAACACUGCCACCACAACACCAUGGACCAGGGGAUGAGUGUCCUCACGCCUUUGGACUCCUCAGCUCAAGAGGAGCCAGACACCACCUGUAAAAAGCCGGCAUGGUUUUAUGUCAUUGAAGCCCAACCCAAACCAGGACAGGGAAUAUCGGCUCCUAAAAGCCUAUGUACAUGUCUCGAGUAUCUACAUUCUCUGCCCGUUGAAGUACUUGAGGAUAUAGUGUCGUCUUUAAUCGUCAACAUCUACUCAGAGGGGGGCGACUUGCACACGUGCUUGUCCAGUCGUACCCUGAGUGACACUGCCGUGGAUCUCAUCGACGACGUCCUGAAUGAGCUGAAGAUCUCUCCAAACGACGUGGUUGUAUGUGGAGAUCUUGUCAUGCCCGAGUCUUGCACUUUUGAGGUGGCGCAGAGCGUCCACAGGGAGUUACUCAGCUACAGUGGCUCACACGAGAGCUUGCGACAAGCUGUUUCCACAAGCAAAGAUCACAUGGUGAAAAAGAUAGCCAGCUCAAUUUCCUUGGAGGUGUCCAAAGUGGCAGGCAGGAUAGGUGCCGUUAACCUCGACGAUGCCCCUCCCUCACCUGCUCCCGGAGUGGACGCUGAUGCUUCCUUGGUGUCCUGUCCAGCAUCAAACAUAUCUGAGGACAUCGUUCUCAGAGUCCUGGACAUCAUACCGUUUAGCCAAUCUCCAGAAGCCAAGUGGAUUGGCCUUCAGGGCUCCACCGACUCGAAGAGAGACCUCCUUGACGCUGUCAUGGUGGAGCUUUUGACCAGCCCUGUGAUGCUGACCCUCAGUGUUAGCGCGGCGCGGACGUGGCGCCAGCCGUCCCAGGAAGAGCUGGAUGGUGCUGCCAGACAGACAUACCAGAAGAUGGUGGACAAGUGUGGCUCCGAGGAGGCGCUGGAGAGCGCUCUGAGGCUUCGAACCAAGCUUGUCAACGCAGCUCUGGCUAACACGGUGGCGCACAAGGUGUUCCAGCUCUUUUCCGAUGAGGAGUUUCACCCUGCAACUACCCACGACCAAGGCACCCAUAUGGAGGACCGCAGCGUUGCGGAUCAGCCCCUGUCCCACGUCAGCCGCGGUGUGUGCGCAGUGAACUGCAGGGCCAUGUGGGAGAUCAUCUACAGAUUGCUUCAGGAGUCGUGUUCCAAGAUGCUCAUGGAGGCGCGACUCAUCCGUUAUUCUCUAGAAUCUUUCUACAGCGCACUUGACCGUCUGUCCAGGUGCGAGGAGCUCAAAGUGUGCUGGGACGAGGGUGCGUGCGGUGCAUGUCGCGAUCCAUGGGCCACGGAGUUCAUCACGAGCCGUGUUCGUCAGCGUAGCAAGGAGAGGAUGGGCUCCGAGGUCCGGCUGGGCCCGGCCCUGGAUCCUCAGGACAAGACCGUCGUUCAGUGCGUCGUGGACCUCGUUGCUGAAGAGACCCUGCUGUUCAUGUCGCACCAUCAUGACAUCAGCAUCCCUGCAGCUGUUUUAAUGGCUAAGGAUGACACAUUGCCACCUGGCAAGGAAGAUGGAGACAGUAAUGAGAUCACACGAAAGGGUCUUCUUUCUGCAAUAAAGGGCUUUUUCGGUUUUAAUAAAACCGGUAGCCCGUCCCCGGUGGAUUGUGUAGUGCAGUUUCACAGGAGAGGACGACAUGUUCUGAGUGGGAAAAUAAAAAAGAGUUCUCGGAGAGGGCGUUUUAUCACACUGGAGGAAAGGAAAAGACGGCUAGCGGAACAGAUGAGGACAUGUGACUCUCGGAUGUCAGACAAGUCAGACACAGGGAUCACAUCUGAGCAACGACCCGACAGACAUCUGAGGGGACGUUUUGGAUGGGUUCUCUCCAAGCUCAUGUGUGCUGAAGACAUCUACUCUAUGGAUUGUUUGUGA